CGGGAACCCUCGGCGGGAGCUCCGGGAUUGCCACCGGCCCCCCCGAUUGCCACCGCCCCCCCCGUGCCAGCCGGUGCGUGUUUACUUGGCAAAGGAGGUGGAAAUGUGCUGACGGCGUCCGCCGGAGCGAGGGGCUCCGCUGGGAACGGCUCCGAGCCCCGGCCGGAGCGGCGGGAGGCUCUGGGAGGGCAGCAGGGACCCCCGGCUCCAGGCACGGCUCUCGCCUUCCCGAGGGGAGCCGCCGGGAGACGGGGCUCCGCCAGCCGUGCCACCGUGCCCGCCGUGCCAGCCGCCCGUCCCUGCGGCUCCCGAGGAAAGGGUCCCUGGAUGCCACGGUGCAGGAUGGGCACCACGGCCGUGCUGCUGGCCCUGCUCCCCACAGCCUCUGCACAGCCCACGCCGCCCCCAGGCUGUGGCCAUGACCUUUCCUCCCUCUACUACAACCUCUGUGACCUCUCGGCGGGCUGGGGCAUCGGGGUGGAAGCAGUGGCCAGCCUCGGCGUGGUGACCACCUUUGUGCUCACCAUUGUCCUGGUGGCCAGCCUGCCCUUCGUGCAGGACCGCCGGAAGAAGAGCCUGGUGGCCACACAGGUCUUCUUCCUUCUGGGCACCUUCGGGCUCUUCUGCCUGACCUUCGACUUCAUCGUGGGGCCGGAUUUCUCCACCUGCACCUCCCGCCGCUUCCUCUUCGGCGUCCUCUUUGCCAUCUGCUUCUCCUGCCUGCUGGCCCACGCCGUGGCCCUCAACUUCCUGGCGCGGCGCAACCGGGCCCCGCGGGGCUGGGUGACGCUGGCGGUGGCCCUGUCCCUCGCCUCGGUCGAGGCCAUCAUCAACACCGAGUGGCUCGUCAUCACGGUGGCGCGGCGCGAGGGCGGCCCCGCGGACCCCUGCCAGCUGGCGGACGCUGACUUCGUCAUGGCCCUCAUCUACGUCAUGGCCCUGCUGGCGGCCGCCUUCGGCGCGGCCUGGCCCACCCUGUGCGGCCGCUACGGCCGCUGGCGCAAGCACGGCGCCUUCAUCCUGGCCACCACCGGCCUCUCUGUGGCCAUCUGGCUGGCGUGGAGCGUCAUGUACCUGUACGGGAACCAGCGUGCCGGCCACAAGCCCGGCUGGGAUGACCCCACGCUGGCCAUUGCGCUGGUCUGUAACGCCAGCGCCUUCCUGCUGCUCUACGCCAUCCCCGAGGUGACGCACGUGACGCGGCGCAGCCCCGAGCAGGCCUUUGAGGACGACGGCUACCCCACACGGGGGGUGGGCUACGAGACCAUCCUCAAGGAGCAGAAGUCGCAGAGCAUGUUCGUGGAGAACAAGGCCUUCUCCAUGGAUGAGCCAUCCUUUGCCAAGAAGCCGGUGUCCCCAUACAGUGGCUACAACGGGCAGCUGCUGACCAGCGUCUACCAGCCCACCGAGAUGGCUCUGAUGCACAAGGGGAUGAGCGAAGGUCCCUAUGACGUGAUCCUGCCCCGCGCCUCCACCAGCCCCAUGCCCGGCAGCGCCAGCUCCACGCUCCGAGCCGAGGACGCCUUCGCGGCGCAGGCCCGGCACUCCAGCAUCCCGAGGGACACCCGGAGCUGCCAGGUGCAGUCCCCGUACAGCAGGAACCGGUGGUGAAGCCCCCGAGGCACAGCUCCCGCAGCGCCGGCACCGCCGCGGCCCCUCCGUCCCACUGCCAGGGCUCGCCGAGCCUCGUCCCUCCCUGACUGAGUGUGAAUGCCACCCUGGCUGGCAGCCAGAGCUGCUUCCUGCCCCUGGGACGCCUGCACACGGUCCCAGAGCCAGCGCUCCCACCUGCCCGUCCCACCUGGCCACGGAGCCCCUCAUCCCUGCCUCAAGGACUGGCUCCCGUGAGGACACCCCCGUCUGUCGCCUCUGCCCUCGUGAUGCACAGACCUCCCACCUCCCCCAGGCCAUGGACCCUCCAGAGCUGGGGAGCCCGUGGGACCCCACCCAGGGCACCCCCAGCACCGAGCCCCUGGCCCCGCACUGACCCCCCCAGCCCUGGGGACCCCGAGCUGAGCUGGCCCCAUCGCACCGCAGGGCACAAGGGGACACCAAGCUGUCCCCAGCUCUGCCUCCUCUUGUGCCUCUGUUUCUCCGUUGCUGGGGGAGGGGGAUCAGUGCCUUGCUGGGGCUGGGGACCGGCCCCCCACAGCUCUGGCCGCCUUCUCGGUGCCUUUCCCCGCCUCGGGGCUCCCCCUGCACGGAGUGGGGAGGGAGCUGGGCCCCUCGCCCUCCUUGCGGCUUUGUCAAGUUUCCUUUUCAUUUUUUUCAGGUCGCCCCAAUAAAGGUGG